GCUGCUUGCUAAGAGCACCCCGCGCCUCUUCUGCAUCAGGCGUGCGACCCCGCACAGUGCGAGCGGACGUAGCGAUGCCCGACUACUCGGUCGACGAGCGAAUGAUCGCUCGCUCCCUCCAGCUGAUGGCACGCGAGCAGCUGCUUCCUCCGCGUCCCUCCUCGUGGCGCUUUUGGGAGCGCUGGUGGUAUGACUGGGCCUACGACGCCCCGAGCGAGUCGCUGGUCCUGCAGUGGCUGUGGUGGCUCUUCUCCUUCCCGUGGAAGAUUCUCGAGGCGGGCAUCGACGGCGUCGCCCGCGGGGCCAUCUUCCUGGGCUGCGAGGGCUGCGCCUGCUGA